CUUAAAAGACAGUCGCCGCCGUCGGGAACCAUCCCUCUCAGUCUUCCCCCAGCCAUUGUGAAAAUUAACUAACAGAAUAAGUUGAUCAACAUGCGUUGAAUUAAAUGGAGAAGAAUAUUGAUCAACUGCUUCAACUAUUGCAGUAAAAGAAAAUGAGGGUUUUGACGAGAAGUCUAGAGGUUUGGAGAUUGGGAGUUCUCAAUUACUUGGAGGCACUCAAGUUGCAGGAGAAGCUAGUCUCAGAUAGAAAGGGUGGAAAAAUUACUGAUACUCUGUUGUCAUUGCAGCAUCCACCUACAUAUACUCUUGGAAAAAGGCAAACAGUUCACAAUCUAUUAGUUUCUGAGUCACAGCUCAAAUCCAUGGGGGCUGAACUGCAUUAUACGCAAAGAGGUGGUGAUAUUACGUACCAUGGUCCGCAUCAAGCUAUCUUGUACCCAAUCAUUUCACUCAGGGAUAUUGGAUUUGGGGCUCGAAAAUAUGUGGAGACACUUGAGUUGACAAUGAUUGAAUUAGCCUCUUUGCAUGGUGUGAAAGCUCGUGCGGGGGAAUCAGGGGAAACUGGGGUUUGGGUUGGGGAAAGAAAGAUUGGUGCUAUUGGCGUUCGUAUUUCAUCUGGGAUUACCUCACAUGGUUUAGCGUUUAAUAUUGAUCCUGAUUUAAGUUACUUUGAGCAUAUUGUGCCCUGUGGAAUCACAGAUAAAGAAGUUACAUCUUUGAAAAGAGAGGUUGAUUCUGAGCUUCCUGCUGAAGAGUUGAUUCAUGAGCAACUAAUUUCUUGUUUUGUAAGAUUAUUUGGCUAUAACAAUGUUAUUUGGAAAGAUAAUCCCUCAUUGUGCGACCAACAAAGCUGACAUGGAUGUAUGCAUUAUUCUGCAAUGACACGAUCCAUCUAAUUGUUUUUCUGAAAGUAAAUUCACAAUUUUGUGUUGAUAAGAGUAAG